AUGUGUCCCGUUGGAGUCUUGCACCACGCCAAGUCCCCACUGGUUCUGUCCGUAGAUGAAGGGGACUCUGGUGUGGGAGACGAGUCCAUCUCCAUGUCCAUGUCGUCCCUGUCGCUGUCUGUGUGGCUCAUGUGCUGCACCAUGGUGCUAAAAACUGCCGGUGCGGCUGAACUCUCGCCCGGGAACUUUGAGCUGUCGCCGCUGUGGGCAGAGCGAGUCCCUUAUGUGAACCUGGCUCUGUGCGCGUGA